AUGAAACUUACAUCAGCCUCCUUUGUUUCAGAACCAAGCAGUGAAACCAGCAACGGCCAUCCAUGGGGACGAAGCCACACCAACACUGUCACCACAAGCAACAAAGAACGAGCAGACAAAGAGAAAGAACGCACGGUACCUCCAUCCAUUCAACACAGAAUAAGCAACCCAUCAGAACCAGAACUACUCGCGAGAAUAAAACAACCAAAGCGAAUCUCAGUCCGAACCAGAAGCGACCAUCCAAACGUAGGGAACAGGAUAGCUACCCCGUAG